UUUACCAGGAUGCCCUUCGGCCUUACGAAUGCUCCAGCGACAUUUCAGCGCUUAAUGGAACGAUGUAUGGGUGAUUUACAUCUGGCCAUUUGCUUAAUCUAUCUUGAUGAUUUGAUCAUCUUUUCACGAACUUAUGAGGAGCAUUUGGAUCAAGUUUUCCAACGGCUGAGGGACAACGGCCUGACGCUCGCUUCCAAGAAGUGCCAAUUCUUUAUGAACAGGGUCGCAUAUGUCGGACAUAUUGUUACACAAGAAGGAAUUGAAGCGGAUCCUAAGAAGAUAGAGAAGGUUCGGGACUGGCCGACGCCUACUAAUCCGGAAGAAUUACGACAGUUUCUUGGUUUCGCGGGUUAUUAUAGGAAGUUCGUGAAAGAUUUUGCCAAGAUUGCCAGGCCAUUGACAGACCUAUUACCACCAACUCGAGCCAAGAAGCUUAAAGGAAGGGUCAAGGCAGAGACGAACGGUAUUAAGUGGACUUGGACAUCGGAGCAUGUGACAGCGUUUAGUAAGCUGAAGGAUUCUUUGUGUAAUCCACCGGUGCUUGGAUAUGCGAACUAUACACAACCGUUUGAACUUCAUACUGAUGCUAGUACUUUGGGACUAGGAGCUGUUCUUUAUCAAGAACAAGAUGGAAAGUUACGACCUAUUUGUUACGCGAGUCGAGGAUUGAGCAAGUCGGAAAGGAAUUACCCGGCUCACAAACUCGAAUUCCUUGCACUCAAAUGGGCGGUAACUGAGAAGUUCCACGAUCAUUUAUACGGACAGACAUUCACGGUUCUGACAGACAACAAUCCGCUGACGUACGUCUUGGGAAAGGCAAAGCUUGAUGCUAUGGGACACAGAUGGUUGUCCGCUCUAUCUGCCUACAACUUCGAUAUCAAGUAUCGACCAGGACGGAACAAUGCGGAUGCAGAUGCAUUGUCGAGGCUGCCAUGAUGCAGUAUUUCGUCGGAAUCCGUGCAAGCAGUAUGUAAAGGAGCCAUCGCUUAUAAUGGGUCCUUGGUGGAAUGCUUAAGCUUGUCGACAGAGGUACUUGACACGAUGGUUGUGGAAGAGGAACAUGGUUUCCGUACCAUGACACCCCAGGAAUGGAGGAAAUUGCAGGCGGAGGAUGAAGUUAUUGGGGAGUGGUUACCUAUCAUAAGGCAGAAUCUGAAACCAGCACGUAAGAGGUUAUCGGUUAUUCCAGAGAGCGCCACUCUAAAAAGAUGCUGGGGUAGCUGGAAGCUGAAACGUGGUGUGUUGUAUCGGAGUGUUUCUGAUGGUGAAGCUGAUACUGACCAACUUGUACUUCCGGCCGCCAUGCGAGAUAACGUGUUGACGUCAUUGCAUAAUGACAUUGGUCAUCCUGGACGGGACAGGAUGUUAUCGUUGCUGAGGGAUAGAUUCUUUUGGCCUGAUAUGACCAAGGAUGUCGAGACGUGGGUAAAGGAGUGCCAGAGAUGUCUUUUUAGGAAAUCUAACUCCAACAUCAGAGCUCCUUUGGUGAAUAUUGUUACUACCCACCCAUGGAUCUGGUAUGCAUGGAUUUUCUGAAGUUGGAAACGUCUAAAGGUGGAUUCCAAUAUGUCCUUGUAGUAACUGAUCGUUUUAACCGGUAUGCUAAAGCUAUUCCGACUCGGAGUCAAUAAGCGAAAGCAACGGCCGAUGCAUUGCAAGGAUUCAUCGAGCAUUAUGGAAUUCCGCGGAGACUGCACUCCGACCAAGGUGCCAACUUCGAGGGGAAAGUCAUCACCAGCCUAUGUGAUACGCUGCGCAUUACUAAGUCCAGAACGACACCCUACCAUCCUAGCGCUAACGGGAUGUGUGAGCGUUUCAAUAGGACACUCAUCGACAUGUUAGGCACGUUGGAGCCACACCAGAAGAAGGAUUGGAAGAGUUACGUUGGAUCGCUCACCUAUGCGUACAACUGUACCAGGCAUAAAACUACAGGUUACUCACCAUUCCAGCUGAUGUUUGGGCGACAGCCUCGAUUGCCCGUCGACCUGUUGUGCGGAAUGGAUGAGGAAGGAACCCGACAUAGCAUCCCAGAAUAUGUAAAAGCCUUAAGAAGCAGGAUGUCUUAUUUAUUUAGUUUGGCAAGCAAGAAGGCUAGGGAUUCGCAGAGUCGUCAGAAGGCAGACUACGACCUACGCAGUAGGGAAGCUGUUCUGGAACCGGGAGAUCGGGUUCUGGUGAAAGUUCUAGCCUUUGAUGGACGGCAUAAACUAGCUGAUCGGUGGGAGCCUGAUGUUUACAUCGUUCAAAGACAGCCUAACGAAGUUAUUCCUGUGUAUACUAUACUCAGAGAGGAUGGAGAGGGGAAGAACAGAACUCUUCAUCGAAAUCAUCUGCUUCCGAUCGGAUGUAUACCCGUGAGGACGGAUGAUAUACCUAUUGUACCCCAACCUCGACCGGUACCUCGCGUUAGAAGGUCGGAGCUGGCAGGUGGACCACCUCAGAAGGAGUCAGUGGCUGAGCCUGUGAAAUCCCUGUCUGGAAGCGAGGGAAGUGACAGCUCAGAAGAGGACUUUGUGGGAAUGGACGUUUCUACCGACGUUCAACGGCCACCCACACAGGAUAUGGAUCAAAUGAGGCGUGACGUGAUACCUGUUCCUGGACCUCAAACUGAUCCCAGUGAUGUGGAGUCGACAGAAUCGGAACCGGACGAUGUACCUGCUGUGGCAGUACAGGGAGGUAUCACUUCGCCUGGUCCGGCGAUUCAACCGCCUAGAAGAUCGACAAGAAACAGACGACCGCCUAAUUGGUUGACGUCAUGCGAGUUCGUUUGUUCACAGCAACCUGUGGGGGCAGAUCCGGAAUGGAAAAUGAAAGCUGCAUUCCUAAUGGAUAUGGUGACUUCGAAAUCCUUCAGGAAUAUGCCGGGUUUUGCUCAACAGGCAAUGUUAAAGAUUUUAACCAGUUAGAUACUUUUAUGUUUGUUCAUUUUCCAGUAAUCUAUGCAUUUGUGCUUGUAGCAUAUACAUGUGUAACUUGAAACCCUUGGGAAGAUGAGGGCAUCUUCUUUUCACGUGGGGGAGUGUAAGGCGAAUUAAGGCGAUUGUUGUUUUCUGUGUAUGUUUUUUGCAUUUAAUUUUAUUAUACUAAUUAUUAUUUUCACUUAUUUACAGUCUGUCCUGAACGUGUAGAUGAGGACAUCUUCCAUCUAAGGAGGGGAGUAUGUAGUAGUGUCAUUAUUUUACAAUACUGCUUUUUAAUUGUUUAUAUUUAUUUUAUCUCUACGCGUGCGUGUGUACCGGAUGUCAGCCGUCCGCGAAAUACGUAUACCGUACGUAUACGUAUCAUACGCAAUGCGACAUGGCGUUAGCGCGCGCGGGAAAGAAGCACGUGUGGAUGAAUGUGAGCCACUGGACGGAUGUGACGUAUCGUUAUGUCACUUGUCUAUCUAUUAUGUAUAUUGUCCAUAUAUGGUGUUGUCUACAUGAAUGUUUCGAAUGAAUGUUGGGUAAUUUAGCGGGGUUCUGGUCACUUUUGGACAGAGCGGCCGAUGCGACAGCACCUAUAUCUAUGCUACAGAAUUAUACCACUAUUUGAAUCUAUAUAUUGACGAUUAGGCCAUUCUGAGAUUAAUUACGACUAAAUAUUGUACGAGUCGGGAAGCAAUGACUCGGCGGACUUGGUCCGGGAAAAGCCCUCUUCGCAUUGAAGAGGUGGGCAUUUUUAUAAUGUGACGUAUUUUGUAAUUAUUCAUAUAAUUGGUAAUAGAUGUACAUGUAGCUAUAUCUUCUAUAUAAUUUAUGGAAUGAAUAAUUAGCUGUAAAGUAUAUAUACUGUAUGUUUAACAAUUUCAACUGAUAACGAUCAGUUAUUAGAUGCUACAUCUUGAAUAAUUGUUUGAAUGUAUGAUGCUGUAUUGUGUAUUAUUGGUAAUAUGAUUUAUUCAUG